AUGUCAAGCAAUGCUACUGCGACACCCGAGCCUUCGCAGCCUGCCGUCUCCACGCCCGCUGCCGCUCCGUCGUCCGCUCCACCACCAGCAGAGACUCCCUCUUCAGCGCCGCCUGCCUCGAACCCGCCAGCUUCUUCAGCAGCAGCACCGCCGCCGUCGUCACAGCCACCUCCAGCUGCCUCCACGACCCAGCCCCCGCCCGCUUCCUCUGCUCCUCCACCACCACCAGCCUCUUCAGCCCCUCCGCCUCCGACGUCAAACCAAGCACCCCCGCCAACAUCCACUGCACCGCCUGCGCAAUCUUCUCCCAAUGCGCCACCCCCAUCUGAGACGAGCACCGUCACUGCUCCGUCGGCGCCUCCUUCGACUGCCGUCCUGACGUCCAUUGUGGUAGUCACGUCUGCCCCAACAAAAGCAGGCGAGACGCCGCAAGUCAUAACAAUCACUUCAGUCAUCACGCCAACAAACGCUGCCCAGCGCCCAACCGGUACCGGCACAGGCUCCAACCCAAACAGCACCGACCCGACCCAGCUGCAGAAUGCGCAAAAGGAGAACAGCAAUGGCAUGAGCACCGGUGGUAAGACUGCCAUCGCCGUCGUCAUCCCCGUCGUCGUAGUUGCUCUGCUGGUACUUGGUGGCAUCUUCUUCUGGCGCAAACGCAAGCAGCGCAAGAGUGCCCAGGACGAGCGCCGAAAAGAGGUGGAAGAGUAUGGCUUCAACCCGAACCACGAUCCAACCCUGCCUCCGGUCGGUGGUCUGGCCAUGGCCGAAGACGACAGUGGCUACCGAGGAUGGGGCAACGCCACUACAAACUCGAACCGCAAAAUGUCCACCACCCUCGCCUCUGGAAUGACCUACUCGGACAGCAACAGCAACCCAGGCGGCUACAACAGCCCCAACUCCCCCACCAACGGUGCCUACUCCGACGCUCACUCCAACGACCCACUCGUAGAUGGGCGUCGCCACACCAUGGACUCGGACGGCAUAGGUGCAUUGGGUGCGGGCGCUGGUGGCGCUGUAGCCGCCAACUCGGCCCACAACCAAGGUGGCGUACACCGCGGAAUCUCCAAUGCCUCGUCGACAUACUCGGCAGCUGGCCACUCCGACAACUCUGGUGACUACCCUGGCAUGAACAACAGCCAUCCACAAGACUAUUACACCAACCAGGACUACUACCAGAACCCAACAUACGGCACCCAAGACCCGUAUGCCGCUCAGCAGCAGCCUAUAAUAAGAGACGUGUCUGCAAGACGAAACACCAGGAUCGAGAAUCCAAGUGUCUUCCCACAACAAGGAAACUCUGGCAUCGCCCAAAACUUCUAA